UGCAUAAAAAAUCGUUCAUACAAAGAAAUUUUAAUUUCAAAACAGGUAUUGUAUCUGAGGUAUUACUGACUCUAUACCAUUAAAAAGGAGACUAAAGUGAUGCCAGAAUUUCGAGUUACCGAUCUAAUUGCUACAAAAAGAGAUGGCGAAGCACUUACUAGAGAUCAGAUCUGUUUUUUCGCUUCACGAGUCGCUACGGGAGAAAUAUCAGAGUCUCAAAUUGGAGCGAURUUAAUGGCGAUAUACCUCAAAGGAAUGAAUACUGAAGAAACUGUACAUCUUACCGAUGCUAUGGUGAAGUCUGGAGAGACAUUGUCGUGGCCUGAAGAAUGGGGAAACUGUAUUGGUGAUAAACAUUCUACUGGAGGUGUAGGAGAUAAAGUAAGCCUUCCUCUUGCUCCAGCUUUAGCCGCUUGUGAAGUAAAAGUUCCUAUGAUUUCGGGCCGUGGAUUGGGUCACACAGGUGGAACACUAGACAAGCUGGAAUCAAUUCCAGGUUUUAAAGUCAGUCUUACCCCAGAAGAAAUGAAAGAUGUCUUAGAAAAAGUAGGCUGUUGCAUUGUGGGACAGAACGAGUCCCUAGCACCAGCUGAUGGAGUAUUGUAUGCUGUUCGUGACGUGACGGGCACGGUGGCUUCAGUCCCUCUUAUUGCGAGUUCAAUUAUAUCAAAGAAAGUUGCAGAAUCUCUGACAUCUUUGGUGCUUGAUGUCAAGUGUGGACGUGCUGCCUUUGCUGAAACGAAGAAAAGUGCAAGAUUUUUGGCAGAAACUUUAGUAAACACUUGUGAAGGAAUGGGUACAAGAUGUACGGCACUGGUAACCAGUAUGGACCACCCUAUUGGAAAGACUGUGGGGAACUCUGUUGAAGUGGCUGAGGCUAUACAGUGUCUUCAUGGGCAAGGCCCUGAUGAUCUGGAAGAACUGGUCUGUCUUUUAGGAGGUCAUCUUCUAAAAUCCCUUGAAAAAGUUGAUUCUGCUGAAGAAGGAAUGGAAUUCAUCAAAUUAACUCUCAGUAAUGGAAUGGCCAUCAAAAAAUUCUCAGAAAUGUUGGUAGCACAAGGAGUUAGUCAAGAAAUUGCCGAUGCACUGUGCAACCCUGAGACCAACCCUUACGAGUAUAUCCCUCUCGCAACCAAGUCAUAUGAGGUUAAAGCACAGAAGUCAGGCAUUAUCAAGGAUAUUGAUGCCUUAGAAUGUGCAUCCCUGUGUGGUAGUUUGGGUGCAGGACGGCAGAAGAGCACUGAUACCAUAGAUCAUGGCGUAGGAAUGGUAUUGAAUGUCAGAGUAGGAGAAUACAUCAAGGAAGGUGAAACAUGGGUUGUGAUAUGUCAUAGAGGUAACCUCUCAGUUGAAGAUGUCGAAGCAUUACAAAAUUCUAUUGUCAUAGAGGAGAGUGAUAGUGAAGAGAGUUUGCCUGUUCAAUCCAGACUUAUUGAGGUGAUAAGUGCUUCCCAAGAUUAACUAUUUUUAUUUGUUAAGGGACUUCAUUAUUUAAUCCCCCUUGAAAUCAGUAACUUUUGCUGUUGACAACAUAUUAAUGGUCCCCCUAAUUGUUGGAGGAGUUAGUUUGGGAUUUACCAAUUAAUUUUUAAAAAUGUGAAAAUGGGGCCAUGAAUAUUUAAGCAAAUUAAAAAUAGAGUAGACUUGAUAAAAAACGGUUCAAAAACAAGUUUAUCUAUCUCAUCUACCCCACUUUCCUAUGAAUGAUGAAUGGUCCCUAAUCUAAAUUAUACAUUUUCUGGAAAAUAGGCUACCCAUAUUUGUUGGGUGUACCAUAUAUCGUGGUAACUGAGUUAGUCCCUAAUCUAAAUUAUAAAUUUCCAAAAGAAGAUGCUGAUAGGCCGAGUCUAAUUUGGCAGUCAGAGGAAUUUGUUGAAUUUAAGUAUUUCCAAAUUGGACAGACAUGUAGUCCUAUUGCAGAUUAAUAUUAAUCCCAAACUAUACUAUGAAUGCCGCUAGAAUGCCAAUGGAAAGGAUCCAAAUUCUCCAGUUUGGACAGGGAAGAGAAUUUGAAAAUAGCACAAUAGUUGCUUAUAUGGGAUUGUAGAGUGAUGAUAUAAUUAAUAAUAUUAGAAUAACUUGUCUAACAUAUAGUAAUACUGUAAGUGAAGUUGUGGUUGUGUGUUAAGUAAAGAUAAAAGUGCUUUUUGUAGUACGUAUGUUUGCCUUUGUACUGAAAGCAAACAUUAAAUUAAAAACAGGGAAAAAUAGCAAA